AUGGCGUUAGCCUGUGGCUACCACCCCUUGCGCUGCACGGUGGCCCUCCCACAGCGCUCCGCUACAUCGCGCUGGCGCCGCGCGGCCCUCGGCACGGGCACCGCCGCGGCCGCCGUGGCACGGCUGAGCGCCACAGUGCGGCGCUGCCUGCGGACGUCGCCGCGCAGGAGUCCGGUGCACAUAUUGUCCGCCUGCAACGAGUAUCGGCAAGAGACGCUGAUUCUGGAAAGGAGCGCGGAAGUGCACGGCUAUUCCUUUCAGGCAGUUGGCCUGGGACAGCCAUUCACCGGUGUAGGUAUGAAGCUCUUCCUGUACGACACGGCCUUGAAGGAGUUGGUGGGACGGCAAAUUCCACCCAACGAAGCUGUCUUGCUGUUGGACGCUUGGGAUACCAUCCUUUUGGGUCCUGCUGAGGAAUUUGUGGAAAAACUGCAUUCCAUGAAGAUCUUGUCAGAGGGGGCCAUCCUUUGUGGGGCUGAUCGCAUUUGUGCACCUGAGUACAAGAUGGCUCCCAAGAUGGAGAGAUACUUUCCGGAGAUCUCCACUCCUUGGCGCUAUCCCAACUCGGGCUGCAUCACUGGCACGGCUGCGGCGGUCACAGCCUUCAUUCAUGGCUUGGUACAUGGCACCGAGGGUGGGAGCUAUGGUCAGCAGGACGACGAUCAGCUGCGAUUGCAGGAGUUCCUGUUGAACUGGCAGGAACGUGGAGUGCGUUAUCCAUUUCAAUUGGACCACGAGUGCUGCUUGUUUCAGAACAUGGGUGAACCUGAAUGCGGUUGGGACUUUGAGCUGGAGGGUCCCACUCCACGACUUAGAAAUCGAUUUACUCAACAUCAACCGUUGGUGGCACAUGGCUGUGGGGGACAUGGCCGGUGGUUUCUGAGCGACGUCUACCGGGAGUUGCGCUUGCUGGAGUUCUUGGAUUUGGACCCAGACAGCUUGUCCACUGUGCAGUAUGCUGGCUUGGUUCCUCCUGGUGCACAGGUGACGGAGGAGCACUGGGUGAACCAACCGCCCUGGGACUUUCCCUUCCAGGCCUUUGAGGUCAUCCGCGCCAACGCGCUGCGGGAGGUCUAUUUCGCCAUCAUCAGGGCAGCAAAGGCAGCCGCCGAUGACAUUAUGGAGAAAUGUGGCCACAUCACAUCCAUUGGAGUGACUCAACAGCCAGGAUGGUAUGAUAGCUUGCCCCUGGCCGGCGAGGAUGGCGAGGUCGCCAUAGUACGUGCUGCCAAGUCCGCGGCCGAUGAGAUCGUGGAGAAGUGUGGUCCCACCACCUCGGCUGAUGGCCUUGGUGGCUUGAUCUCACGCAUGAGCAAGGAUCUUCUGUGCCUCUGUUCAGCUUUGGCUGAUACCGCAUCAGACUGGGUGCCCAUUGUGGCCGCCAUUGUGGUGAUCAUCCAGCACUGGCCAAGGACCCCGCCGCCCCGUGGAUUGAUGUAG